GGUCCCGUUCACAUUCAGACUGCGAGAAGAUGAGCGAUGGCAAUAGAAACAAAACCUGAGGACGAAUUUGACACUGUUUUUGAUCAAAAUGACUCGUUAGAGCUGUCUUCGAGCCACGAUUAUGGCACUGCACAAGCUCGGAUAUUUAAGAUAAUAGUCAUAGGGGAUUCAAAUGUGGGAAAGACGUGUUUAACUUACAGAUUCUGCGGGGGCACUUUCCUGAAAAAUCCGGAGGCAACGAUCGGGGUAGACUUCAGAGAGAGGACGCUGCAGCUCGAUGGGGAGACUAUCAAGUUGCAGAUCUGGGACACGGCAGGUCAGGAGCGUUUCAGGAGGAGCAUGGUGGAACACUACUACCGCAGCGUCCAUGCCGUCAUCUUUGUGUAUGACGUGACCAGCCUCUCCUCCUUCGAGAGCAUCCCAGAGUGGAUUGAAGAGUGCAGCCGACACUGUGUGGGGCCACUGAUUCCCCGCAUCAUGGUGGGUAACAAAUCUGACCUGAGGGACCGCCGGGAGGUCCCAACCACAGCUGCCCAGUGUCUUGCCGACAGCUACAACUUCCCACUGUUUGAGACUUCAGCAAAGGAUCCUGCUGAGAAGGAACAUGUUGACGCCAUUUUUCUGACUCUGGCUUAUAGACUGAAGAACCACAAACCCCUGAGACUGAAGCAGCCGAGUGAGAGCAACAUCAGGCAGCUGUGGAACCAGAGAGAGCAGGAAGCAGCAACUUGUCAAUGCUGAAGUCACGUCCAACCUGUAUCGAUGGAGUGAUCACGUCAUCAGGAUAAUGUUGCUGAGAAAAGCAUUGUAUCUAUGUAGCGACUGAAUUGAGGUCUUUUAUGAUCAUUAGAGAAAAAAGGAAGAUAUGUACCAGGGUUUUCCACUUUCCCCUGCCUGAUGCAAGUCAUAGCUAGUGACAAUAUAGGCCUAUAUGUUUGCACAUUUUAAACAAACAUUUCAAAGAAAUGCAUCAAUGGAAUUGGAGGUAUGCCAAGCAUUCUCAAACUGCACUUGAAAUCACUUCUAGAAACAGUGCAUUGCGGAUUGCACUUUCACAUGCAAUCAGCCAUCUGGUAGCGCCGCAUAUUAUCUACAGUAUUCAGUGCAUACAAUAAAUUAAGGGAUAGCAUAGAUUUCAAGUAUAAGGACCAAUAAGGUACAUUGAAACUGUGGGGGAAACCAGGUGUGAUUUUAUUUAUUUAAGUUGUGUUUUAAACUGAUAUUUGUGAACUUGAAACAAAUGCAGCAUGAGUUUUGGUGCUGAUGUUUUGCGUGUGUAUUUAGCAAAUAUUAAUAUGAACGUAACCAGCCUUGUGUCAGCAAAGAAAACUCACCACCUGUGAAAUGUAGCCGUCUUAUGGGACAAAAUACAAAUCCAUAUAAAUCACUUGAAAAGCAUGAUUGAAUACAUGCACAGCUGUCUUUGAAAAUCAUCAUGCCAGAAGGUAUUGAAGAUAUGCGAUCAAAUCACAAUUGAUUGAUACCUUUUGUUGCAUGUGAACAAUAAUGCAAACACUUUCCAAUUGUAUGGAGAUCUGUGACAAUGUGAACUGCACAUAAAUAAAAGUAGGUUUAUUGAG